AUUGCACAAUAAUGGCUUCCAAUAAUUCUGGAGCUUGGCCGUUGCUCCUGUUGCUAUAUCUCGGCUUAUUCUUAGCGCUAUUCUUAUUAAGAUCAAGCAGCAACAAGCCUUCAUGUGAAGUAACUAUCGAGGCAAACAGUAAACAGAUAUUUAUCAGGCAAGCAUCACGCCAAAAUGUGGAGCUCUUGUAUUUACGUUUGAAGUUUCUGAACGAAUCGUUGUCGAACACAGAACGGUUGUUCUCUGUAAGUGAUAUUUCCACGAUAUACGACCCAAUGGGGUGGGUUUGGACAGAUAAUGACCACGGUAAAGCAAUCCUUUCAUUGCCUUAUGAUUAUAGCAUAUUAUCAAUGACAACGCUGGCAAGGGAAACAGGAAAACUCGAGUUACGCAUGAUUACCAAUCCCCCAGGUUGCCUUAGCGAACAACAAGGUCACAACCAGUUAACAUCUGUGAGGGAAACAUUAGCAGAGACUGCUAAGGUGAUGUCAUCAAACAGCCUUAUCUGUCAUCGUUUUGUACGGAAUAUCCAAACGGACAUCAAGAUCAUAUACGAAAGUACUUUUGCCUCAGGUUUACCCGUAAUACAAUACAAAUGCUGUCCAGUGCACGAUUUAGAUGGUGGUUGUAGUAUGGUGAUCGUCCCAAAUACAGCAUUGUCGUUCAUCUUAAGGGUAAUUUGGGUAGCAUCGUGUGCUGUGGCAUUUCUAACACCAUUGCUGAUAAAAUAUUUACCAUAUGACAACACUGAUAGUCGCAGACAAAUGUACGAAUCAAAAAGUGAAUCAAUAUCACUUGAGCUGGAUUCACCUGGCAGUCACGUAAACGAUAUCCCUGUAGAAGAUGGGGGUGAAUCCACCGAGCUAAAUGUCGAUGUAACGAACGAAGACGAGUAUCUGGGUUUGGAUGCAUCCACACCGCUCACUGUUCUAUGGUUAUCAAAGACUGGUGCCCUUUUGUGUCUGAAAGCAAGACCAAGAUGGUCUCGCUUUCUGUUGUUCUCUAUUUUAAUUCCAGCAGUUCUCAUUGCCUCCUUGAUCUUAUAUUCAUUCUUGCUUCAACUUGAUGUAGACCUCCAAAAGCAAGCCGAAAUCAAGACGGACUUUAUGCAGAUGUGUUUGAACCCGGACGUGUUUCUUAUAAUCCGAAUCGCAGCCUAUAUUUUCUCAUGUUUGAUGUUGUGCAUUCCUCUUAACAUAAGUGAUGUUGUUGACGAAUCUUUGAUAUUGAUAGGCGACCUACAGAUCGAGAAAAGUUGUUGCGUAAUCUGUACUGCGAUGAAUGAACAACCAGACAUGAGAAUGACUGGAGUACGCCUGCUUUGCGACAACAUGUGCAGACACCUGAGGUUCCUAUUCACGACUCGUUUCUGGAAACUCCUGCUCUCUUUCUGCUCAUUUCCAUCAAGAUGGCUACUUCGCUUUCUCAGUUCUGGUAGAAAGCUCCCAGUAGCAGAAAUAUGGCAAACUGAGCUGUCGGUAGCUAACCGAAACGAUGUAUAUUUAUGUCGAAAAAUUAUCGGUACUACAAUUUGGUUGCUGCUCUCUCCCGUAUGGUUGACAGCUUUUCUCAUUGUCACAAUUGUGAUCUUUUGUUUCAUGAUCCCAAUUGGCUACUUUCUGGCUUGUAUCUCUCUCGUUCCUCUUGUUUAUUUGGUCCAAAAGUUUGGAAACGGCGUCUGCACUUGGUUUAUCUUCAUUGUUUGUUUUUGCAUCAACAUUCUUUCCGCAAUUUUCCUAAUUGAAGUGAUCACUUUCUCGUGGAACUUUGUGUUGAAGUUGGUAAGUUUUACAAUUAUGGGUCUGGUGUUAGGCAUUGAUUACUAUAUUCCUUACAUCGUCUAUGCAGUUGCGAUAUUCUAUUAUGUCCGAAACACUUUGUGCAAUUUGAACGACAAGUACCUGAAAUUGAAGGUAUCGCUCUUCAAUGAAUGUCAAAAACAACAAAAAUCCCGUGGGGAUACUCCACUACUCUUCGUCAAAAACAAGAAGACAGAAAUGCCGAUGAUACCAAAGGAGCUCUUCGAAAUCGCGUGCAACAAGUACAUACCAGUAAAGAAAACUAUUGCAUCUUCUAUUUUAACGCUUGUUAUGAUUAUCUGCUUUAUCACCUUCGCCUUCGUGUCGGUCAUGGCAUUCGGGAAGUGGGCCAAAGUUCCGUCGAUAACCGAAGCUGUUGUGACAUUUGCGAUAAGCACCCUUCCUAAAAUGUUACGCGAAUCUAGCAAGCAUACCGGCUGGUCUUCGCUCAAAGAGAAGGAACGGUCGUACUCGCUUGAGCUGGAUGUUGUCCAGUUUGUGAGAAAGCACAAAAACAUGCAGAGUAACGUUGACACGAACGAUGGACCUUAGACUUGUUUUCCACCUGUAAUCAGUUGUACACGAGGACUCCGGAACAAAGAAAUGGCCUAUAAUCUGUUAUAUAAAUGCAGCCUUUAAAUACUAAUUAUGAACCAACUGCCUGUGAAUGUUGAUUAGCUAAUUCGUGAUAUUGUUUUGUUGAACAACAAGGUUAUGUUAUGAUUUGAGAAUAAGUUAAGCCUAGUAUAUAAG